CAAUCUUUCUUUUAGAUCAGUGUUUUGUAUUCUUGGUUUGUAUUGUGAGAAUGUAUGCUCUUGCUUCUGCUUUACAUUGUCCACAGAUAAUUUUUACUGGCCUCAGUUUUUUUUCCUUAAUUUCAUUUUCUUCAGUUGAUUUCUAUUUACCAAUUUCUGAUCCAUGCUAUCAUUUUCAUCUUUCUCUCUUUAUGUUUUUUACAUGGUUUUCCUCUCCAUUCCCAUUUCCCAUCCUUUGCCUACUGCUCUGUCUAGAUCUGCCAUCUUACAUGACAUGUCAGAAGAUGCAUUUGAGCCCUGCACCCCUGUCGUGGUGCUGAGCACUGCUAGGAAGGAGUCUGGUAAGAAACCUCUAAAGCGGAGGUCUAGGAGGAAGAGAAGGACCUCUGGGAGAUGUGAACAUGCAGAAGAGCAAAUAAGAGGAAGAAGAAAUGAUUUUCACCUCGAAAUCUCAAGCCCCAGAUGGAAUGAGCUACACACAGACUCUUCAGAUUCAUCAUCCACAGAUGAGGGUCAUUGGAUUCAGGCUAAAAGAAGAGCUCAAGUUAAAUUCAGACUGUCACGAAGAAGAAGGAGAAAUAAUAAACCAUGUGAAAACAUGGAUGGUUCUUCUACGCCUAAUGGAAUUCAACUUGUUGACUGGGAAGCCAGAGGUAAAAAGCAACAAGAGCUGGUUGAAUGUGAGAGUUGUUCUUUAAAUCUCCAAAGAGGAAAAGGUUCAAGGUACCAAGAAUGCAAUCUUCCCCUGCCUAGAGGAUCCUUUGAGAUCAAAAGACCCUUGAGGAACCAUGAAGAAAACACAGGCAGAUUCCACCACAGAAACCCUCAGCUCUUGCCUGGUCUUAGGCAAAAUGAAACAACCAAGAAAAGAUUUUCACAGAGAGAUUCCAGCACAGUUCCCGAGGCUGGCAAACCUGUGGAUGAUGCAGGGACCCAGGUGAAUAACUCUGUUCAGAAGCCUCCUGCCACCUAUGAUGAAGGGUCUGAAAAUUUAGAAGCAUGCAGGUCAGUCACUACUGAGAAACACUUUAAGCCAUCCAAAUAUACUUCUUCCUGCUGUGAGUUAGGUGUGUAUUUGACACCAGCACUCCCGCCCAAGCAUAGCAUUUAUUCAUACUGCUCUUUCUCCGAUUGGAUAUAAGGUGAUAAAACAAGGUGGGUAUGAAAAGAGCAAUGCUAAGGUAUCUAUGGGUUUUGAAAACUGUUACAGAAUAGAAUUAGAUUUCCCCUUCUCUUCCUUGUAAUUGGAAUACUGAUUUAUCCUGGCAAAGGGACUGACGAACCAGUUGAGUCUUGUAUACAUUCUAAUUAAGUCAAGAAUAGGGGAGGAAAACAGUGAUCAUUUAGAAACCUCAGAUCCCUCCAUGUAAAUUUGGUAAACUGGUCACACCCUGACAGAAAAAUAUUCAAGGUUUGGGUUAUUUAAGGUCAGAUUUUUGUAUCAUAUGAGUCUUCUCUGCUGUUAGUGCUAAUUUGUUCUCCAUUUGUCUGACUCAGCAGGUGAGUCAAGACUGAAAGGGCACAGAAGUAGGUCAUGAACACCUGGGUGGGAUUAUUGGAACUUUUAGGGAAGAAGGCCACAUUAACUUUACUGGUAAUCAUAUACUAAAUUGUUUCAGUAUUUAGAAAUUUCAGAGCUAUGAGGCUGCUUUCUUGCACUUUUUUACCCUACAGCAUAUAUUUUCAAAGGAACUAAUGUUCAAAGAAUUAUAGGCAUAGCCAUGCUAAUAUGCAUACAUGAAACACUGUAAGCAAAACAAGUAUUUUUAACUUUUCAUAUUAUACACAAUCAUUUAAAUUGGUUGGAUUUUGUUUGUGAGCUAGUGAAGUGUUUUGCCAUGUAAUGCUUGGUUAUUUUGGUUCGCCUUUCUGAAAGUUGAAGUUUCUUUAUAAAACAUGUAUGCAUGUUUCAUGUGGAUCAUGUGACUCAGAGAAUGCUGUCCAUGCCUGUUGGGGGCAGGGUGGAGAAGGGAAUUAGCUCUGGAUCUGAAUAAUAUUAGAAUGGAUUAUGUCUUUGAAAGUUCCUUAAGAUGGUCAUUCAUAAAAUGUUCACUUAUUCAUUCAACAACUAUUCAUUGAGCAUUAUUAUGUAUCUGGAAUUAUCUUAGGCAUUGAAAAUAUUGUACUACAUAAGAUUUGUAUGAUCUCUGACAUUGUAAACUUGCAGUCUAGUGGGGAAAGCAGGUACAAAACAAACUAUUUCACAAUGAAUAUGUAAUUACAAUUGUGAGAGGAGUUAUCAGAGCAUAUAACAAGGUGGCCUAACCUAUCCUAGAUCAGAGAACAACUCUGAGGAAGUGACAAGCAGACUGAGGCCCAAACAUGACAGAAAUUGAUCAAGGAAAAAAGCAAGAAAGAGUGUCCAGCAUGAAGCAAGGAGGAAGAAAGCUUGGCAGGCCAGGGAACUGAAACCGGGUAUUAUGGCCAGGGUAUGAUGAGUGAGGGGAGGAGGGGAGGAUGGAGAGCACAGAGGAGUCAGACCAUACAGGGCCAUGUAAAACAUGGGAAGGGCUUUGAACUCUAUCCCUAAAGCAUUGGAAUUUAAGAGGAAUUUAAAAGGAAAGUAACACCAUUUGAUUUGUAUUUUAAUGUACAUUUCUUGUAAUCUUUAGAACACAAUUUAAGUGUGUCUUGCAGAAAGGUUAGAGGGUGGCCUAAUGCACACCUCCUGGUCUAGCUAAGAAUUCCCCACUUGCAACCAUCUGUUGUCAUUCCCCAAAUCCACUUCCAGUAUAAUUUAAUGAAAGACAGUCAAAGAGGCUAGUAGUGGUUUUAAUGGUUAUUGGAAAAAAGGCAAUGCUUGCAAUUAAAGUCACAGUGACUGUUUCUUUUAAUGUAGAGGCACUGCUCUGGAAGAACAUUUUUAAAGAAAGGAUAUUUAACCUAGACUUCUAUCCAUGAAAAUGAGAUAAACAGGCCUAUAAGUGGUUAUUUCUUGCUGUGGGUUAGCAAAAUACACCAACUAAGCGAACACCAUAAGCAGCCCAUCAUACGAGAUGCUGGGGAUAAAAAGUGGCAAAAGACUUUGAUUCUCCCCUUAAGUGGCUUAUUAUUAGUGGGAGAGAUUGAUCUCACUCUGGAAAAGACAAAAGUUCAAGAUAGUACAUGGUGAGUGUGAGAACAGUGGUAAAAAUCUAGAAAUACUGCAGGAAUUUGAAGAAAGAAAAGUUGCUGAGAGCUGGCACUCUCCAGAAACCCCUGAUGAAGAGGUGAGGCUCGGGCUGAGAAGAGGAGAAUUUAGAUUGGCAGAGAUGCAUGGAUGGUAUCACAGGCAUUCAAGGCAGGGGAAAUUCUGUUAGCCGAGACGGGGAUGAGAGAAUGAGCACUGUGCAUUCCAGAACUUUGCAUGAACUUGUGUGACUAGGUUGGAAGGUUUUCAUAGAUUAAUAAGAACUAAGAUUUUUUUAAAGAUUGUGAAGAAAACUUACAUAUCAUUCCAAGGAGUUGAACUCUAUUCUGUACAUCCAUGUUUUCAGAUUGUUCCAGUGGGUCUCUUGAGUUCAAGGGAGGCUACCUCAAAAGAUGACAGAAGGUCAAGGGACUGGUGAUCCCUGUGCAUUUUCAACCAGAGACCUUUCAUGAGUAUCUCUUUCAUAUGGUGAGGUUCAAUAAUAUGUCUGGAAAAAAAAAAAUCCACUGCAAAAAAUAAGGUAAAAAAGCCACUGCUAAAUGAAAUAGGUCUGAUGAAGGAUAACAUAUUCAGAGUGGUCACUUGUGUCCUUGAGGAUGUAUUGGGAAAGGAACCUGGAUUUAAGAGAAUGAGUUGUGAUAUAGUGGAAGUAUCCUACCUUGAGGUAAGUGGGGUGAGGAUGACAGUGAGUAAAGAAAGGGGUAACAAAUUGCAUUGGCGUUCCACCAAGUGAAUAGGAAUAGUCUUAGUGCUUGGAUGUCAUGAAAGCAUGAGACAGAGAAUUCAAGGAUGACUCCAAAGCAUGGAACUUGGGAAACAAUAAAUGCCAAUGUUACUGACAAAGGCAGAGAGGUCAGAGGCAAAUUGGUUUGGGAAAGAAAUGGUGAAUUCAGUUGCAAGCAGACUAUUUGGGGUCACAGUGACAUUCCAGAGUCAACUGUCAGGCAGACAAUUUGAAUCAUGAGAUUGAAAUGCAGAAGGACAGUCAGGGCUGGGUCUGGAUAAUUUUUCUAUCAUUACUGAAUUAUACACAGCCUGACACUGAACAACUUCAUCUAUGCUGUUGUGGUGCAUAUGAUUUAUUAGCACAGGGAAACAGAACUCAGAUAUUAAAAUCUUCUCAAGGCCAUGGGAAGGCACAUAGAUUUGGGAAUCAUUCCCAGAGAGGUAAUGGUGUUGCCUGGAAAGUGAAUUAAAUCUCUAAUUGAAAUCAUACAUAGGAGAAAAGCUUCUAAAUGGACACAGUUUGAGCACCAGGGUUCCCUGGGUCAAAAGAAAGAUGACCCAUGAGAGAGUUAGCAGUUGCAUAUGAGCUCACCCUCCUGCUGCUUCAGACAUGCAGCAGCAGGACCUGACUUAGCCACAACCACAAAGCAGAAGAAGCUCCCAAGUCCUUUCCUCUUUUCUGUUCCUGGCGUUUAGUGCCCUCAUGGGCUCUAUUCCCUCUUUCCCACCAUCAUCAAAGCCUGAUUCAGAGAAAGCUUCUCUAUUAGCCAGUUAUAACUUAGAGGGAAUUUAAAUCAUUGUGCUAUUGCACCCCCAGUUGUGUAUAGCAGGAAAGGCUUGGCCAGUAUUUAUAAAAAUUUUCAUUUAAAAAAGUGCAUCAGAUCACAUUUGCCCUUCAUCAAAACUCUUCAAUCAAUUCUUAAUUGCCCUUAGUGGAAAGUUCAAACUCUUGGAUACGAUUUACAAGUCCCUAUCAUGUCUGUCUCUCUGACUUCAACACCCAUGAUUGACAGACUUAUUCAUGCUGGUCUGUUUUCAGUUCCCUAAAAGUGCCCAGACCAACCCCUUCUUCAGACCUGGAAUGCCUUCACCCUGCCCCCAUCUGCCUUUCACCAGAUUUACUCAAGGUUACUCUUCUCAUCUUGGCUUGAAGUUCAUUUCUUUUGGGACAUGUUCUUCCCCUAACCAAUUCUCAGGUCCCCUGGAAGUCACUUUCAUACCAUAAACUUUCCUUGCUAACCUAUAGUUAUUUGUGUGAAUGACUGUCAGGUUUGUCUGCUUUGUAUCCAGAGCACCUGGAGCAGUGCCUGGGAGAUGCAGCAUAUGCCCAACAUAUAGUUUUGGAAUAGAGAGACUUCAGGAAAGAGUAUGUUUCUCAAGCAGUCACUCCUACCAUGUGAAAUGAUAGCACUAAGCGGUGGGCUACUUCACCUACUUUAGAGCCAACAUGUUAAAAAGGCUCUGCACCAGUGGCUGUCCCACCUCAGCAGGCAUCACCAUCACCUGCAGGGCUUGUUAAAGCACAGAUUGCUGGGCCCCACUCCCAAAGUUUCUGAUCCCCUUAGACUGGGGUAGGGCCCUUGAAUUUGCAUUUCUAGAAUGUUCCUAGGUGAUACUGAUGCUGCUGAUGCAGGGACAACACUUUGAGAACCACUGUUCCAUGCCACAAAGUCUCCUUGUGCUUGAGGUAGGAGGAGAAAGAGGAAAAGGAAGAGUUUGGGAAGCCAAAUUAUUAUGGAUGUCUCUAAUUUUCUAUUAUAUUCACUUGAAUGCUGUCACGAAGCGUAAUUAGAUUACUUUCCUGUAUUCAAAUUGUCAUACCAGUGUAUUGAUGGUCAUGUCACUAAAACCAUCGGCUAACGAAAUCCCAACUUUAUCAGGAACUUGGAUGUCAUGGUUUGUCUCUUGCUUCCCUGUGAUACCACUUCCUCACCCCAACUAGCCCCAUUUCUUAAAUCAGCAGCUCCACAAAUUCCCCUAAUUUCCACAUCUUUGACUCUUUUUUUCUUCUCCAUUGUAGGUAUCUAGUCUCCGACUAAAUCUAAUCAUUUCUUUUUCCAGGAAUUGCUCCUGCUCUGUGCCUUCUUUCUUAUUGCCACUGUUCCAUUUCAGGGCUUCUCCCCUCUUUGGUUCUCUCCCACACCCACCCUGUGGUUAGGGAUGCUAACCACAGAGAUGGGAAGUCUAGGGAUAUAGGUAGCCUCAGGGACUGCAGACACUCAGUGUGGCUCUCUCACUCACUCUCCCUCCUUCUCUCUGUUCUGUUUGCAUUCUCUCCAACCACAGACAAGCUUCCUCUAUAUAGCAGAGGGAAGAGACAGCAUGGACUGAAGUAGCUUCAGGCUUUCUUUUACCCAGCAGUGGCCUAAUAGAAAAGAAAAAUGUUCUCUUCAAGCAUUUAUACGUGAAAUCUCAGGGAAGGAUUAUAAUCAGCCUGCCUAAGGUCACAUACCCAUCCUUGGGCCAACCACUCUUACUGGGAGCAUGGGGCAUUGUGCUUGGAGCAAGUCCUUGGGAGAGAAGGUUAGGUUUAAAAUGCAGCUAUUGGCAACCCCAUCAGAAUCCUAUGAGCUGGGGAAGGAACGUUUCAACAGUAAAAGAGCAGCACCAAUACCAGAGGUAGUGAGAAAAGAAUUAUGAGCAAGGGGCAAAAAAAAAACAAAUCAG